GCACGUGUAAGUGGUACAACGCGUCUUUUCGGGGCGCGUCCUCCAACAGACCUUAAUUAAAACCCAGCAUACCCAUGGGCGCAGGCCGUCUCAAUAAACCUCGAUAUUGACAGCACUCCUACGUACACAAGCUUCUGAUUUCUUCUCUACCGUCUCAUAUUCCACGUACACUGGUACACGAUCAUACAAUUUCUUCUCCCGCAAGUCUCUCAUCAUGGCUCGUAAAGCCAAGUCGAGGCCAGAACCUGCUGAAGAACCGGAGCAGCAAGACGGCACCGACGCCGAGGAAGAAGACCUUUCUGUGGCAGAUCCUCCUACGGUCGAGCCCUACGAUGUUCUCCAAGUCUCCCAGACAGCAACACCAGAUGAUAUCAAGUCAGCUUACCGCAAGCUCGCACUUAAGCACCAUCCUGACAAAGCCCAGCCAGAGGAUCGAGAAUCUGCGCGCGAGAAAUUCCAAGAGAUCGCAUUCGCAUACGCUAUCCUCAGCGAUGAGCGUAGACGCAAACGCUACGACGCCACUGGUAACACCGCAGAGAGUGCGAACAUCGAAGAUGACGACUUCGAUUGGGCCGAUUUCUUCCGAGAGCAGACUGCUGCCAUGGUCAAUGCAGACAUGAUUGAGCAAGUCAAACGGGAGUAUCAAGGAAGUGAGGAGGAGAGGGCGGAUGUGCUGGCAGCCUACGAAGAAGGCGAAGGUGACAUGGACGCAGUAUUCGAAAGUGUCAUGUGCAGUGAAGUCUUGGUGGACGAAGACCGUUUCAGACAAAUGAUUAACGAAGCAAUCGCCAAGGGCGAGGUCGAAGCGCAUGUAAAGUUCACCAAGGAAGGAAAGAAGAGCCGUGCCAGAAGACGGGCGAAUGCGAAGCAAGAAGAGCAAGAAGCACGAGAAUACGCUCGCGAGCUUGGCGUAGAGGACAAGCUGUUUGGCAAGAAGGAUGCCCCAAAGAAGAAGGCGAAAAAGGCAGAGGACGAUACCGAUGCGCUGCAAGCACUCAUCCAACAACGCCAACAGUCCCGCGCGGAGAACUUCUUCGAUGACCUGGAGGCCAAGUAUGGCGGAGGUGCGAAGAAGAGCAAGCGGAAGACCAUGGAUGAGCCACCAGAGGAAGCAUUCCAGAAGAAUGCAAAGAAGGGCAAGAAGAGCGCAAAGGCUUGAACCCGCACUUGCGGCUGAUUGCAUCUUGCAUAUUCCUGCACAGUUUUCGACAAGCGUGGCGUUUGGUGCUCUGGGCUUUUGCUUACACGAAGGACUUUCUGGACAUCAAAAGCAUCUGGGGAUAUUAUGCUAAUGAAAUUGAACGAAGAGGGCUGACUCUCAUCUAACGGGCUGACGUUGUGUUGGCGCUUUUGAGUGGCGGGAGCGGCGCAUAAAUGAUGAGAUGGGCUCCUAUGCGGGCUUGGUCUCUCAGAUGGGUAUCUACAGGUAGCUUACCACAUAGCUCAACGAACAGGAAUUGGACCUUUCUAUUCCUGUCCUCGAUUGUGUUGAUAGAACAACGAGAUGGAAGAGAACUUGCUGCACAAUCAUACAAUGCAGGCAGCUCUCCGCACUUUUCGAUUGCCAAUAGUGUCCGUGGAUAAUGCGGCAAACACAUGUUACCUG